GAGAGAGAGAGAGACAGAGUUGGUGGGGCUGGACGGGUAGGGAGGUAUAGCUGUCAGUGCUUAGAGGGUUUCAGUUGAUGUUCCUGGGCCGCAAGUUUCCGCUGUCAUUCGCCCACAGAGUCAUUACCCGUUGUCCAUCUUUACUGUUGGGGCCCAUUUUGGUUAGAUCUGUACUAAUAAAACUCAGAGUCUUUACACACAGCACCGUCUUCGUUAGCGCAGCCGGCAAACAUACAGCAACCAUGCCCGAAAGGAGGCCCUUUGUACGGUUACCAACUGACGUUUACCCCGUCAACUAUCGGUUAUGUCUGAAGCCUGACCUGAUCGACUUCACUUUUGAGGGCAAGUUGGAGGCGAUGGUGGAGGUUACACAAGCCACAAAUCAGAUUGUGAUGAACUGUGCUGACAUCGACAUCAUCACGGCUUCCUUUGCACCACAGGGAGGAGAAGAAAUUAAUGCCACAGGAUUCAACUAUCAAAAUGAGGAUGAGAAAGUCACUCUGUCCUUUCCUAGUGCUCUACACACAGGCUCCGGCAUGUUGAAGAUUGACUUUGUCGGGGAGCUGAAUGACAAAAUGAAAGGUUUCUAUAGAAGUAAAUAUACAACCCCUGCUGGAGAGCCCCGCUACGCUGCUGUCACACAGUUUGAGGCCACGGACGCCCGCAGAGCCUUCCCCUGUUGGGACGAGCCAGCUAUCAAAGCCACCUUUGACAUCACUCUGAUAGUUCCCAAGGACCGAGUAGCCUUGUCAAAUAUGAAUGUCAUUGAUCGAAAGCCAUAUCCAGAUGAUGAAAACCUUGUGGAAGUGAAGUUUGCCACCACACCCAUCAUGUCCACAUACCUUGUAGCUUUUGUCAUUGGUGAAUAUGACUAUGUGGAGAGCCAGUCAUCAGAUGGUGUAACAGUACGCGUCUACACGCCUGUCGGGAAGGCAGAGCAAGGGAGGUUUGCGCUGGAGGUUGCGACUAAGACCCUACCUUUCUACAAGGACUACUUCAGUGUCCCUUAUCCGUUGCCUAAAAUCGAUCUCAUAGCUAUUGCUGAUUUUGCAGCUGGUGCCAUGGAAAACUGGGGCCUUGUUACAUACAGGGAGACGGCUCUUCUCAUCGACCCAAAGAACUCCUGCUCGUCCUCCAGGCAGUGGGUGGCGCUGGUGGUCGGACACGAACUCGCCCACCAGUGGUUCGGAAACUUGGUCACCAUGGAAUGGUGGACCCAUCUGUGGCUUAAUGAGGGAUUUGCAUCCUGGAUCGAGUACCUGUGUGUGGACCACUGCUUCCCAGAGUACGACAUCUGGACCCAGUUUGUCUCAGCUGACUACACCCGUGCUCUGGACCUGGACGCGCUGGACAGCAGCCACCCCAUAGAGGUGAACGUGGGCCAUCCAUCAGAGGUAGAUGAAAUCUUUGACGCCAUCUCCUACAGCAAAGGAGCGUCUGUGAUCCGUAUGUUGCACAACUACAUAGGAGACGAGGACUUCAGGAAAGGAAUGAACGCCUACCUUCUGAAGUUCCAACAUAAAAAUGCUUCAACAGAGGACCUGUGGGACUGUCUAGAACAGGCCAGCGGGAAACCCAUCGCUGCAGUGAUGGGCUCCUGGACCAAGCAGAUGGGCUUCCCAAUUAUUGUAGUUGACCAGGAACAGCAAGGUGACGACCGCAUCCUUAAGGUAUCUCAGAAGAAGUUCUGUGCCAGUGGGCCACAUAAUGGUGAGGAUUGCCCCAGCUGGAUGGUCCCCGUUAGUAUUUGCACCAGCGAGGACCCCAGAUGCAACAAGCUCAAGGUUCUGCUGGACAGACCCGAGACGACCAUAACCCUGAGCAGCGUUGGUCCAGACCAGUGGGUCAAGAUCAACCCCGGCACUGUGGGCUUCUAUCGUAUCCAGUACAGCUCGUCCAUGCUGGACAGUCUGCUGCCGGGCAUCAGAGACCUCAGCCUGCAGCCCGUGGACCGGCUCGGCCUGCAGAACGACCUCUUCUCCCUGUCUCGUGCAGGGAUGAUCAGCACAGUGGAGGUGCUGAAGGUGAUGGAGGCCUUCGUCAACGAGCCGAACUACACGGUGUGGAGCGACCUCAGCUGCAACCUGGGAGUGCUGUCCUCGCUGCUGUCCCACACCGACUUCCAUGAGGAGAUCCAGGAGUUCAUCCGGGACCUCUUCACCCCCAUCGGCCUCCAGCUGGGCUGGGACAGCAAACCAGGGGAAGGUCACCUGGACGCCCUGCUGAGAGGUCUGGUUCUGGGGAAGCUGGGGAAGGCAGGACACAAACCUACACUGGAGGAGGCCCGGCGGAGGUUCAAGGACCACGUGGAGGGCAAGCAGGUCCUGCCUGCAGACCUCAGGAGCCCAGUGUAUUUAACAGUGCUGAAGCACGGAGACAGUGGCACAUUGGACACGAUGCUGAAGCUCCACAAACAAGCAGACAUGCAGGAGGAGAAGAAUCGGAUCGAGCGAGUCCUGGGCGCCAUCUCAGCCCCCGACCUCAUCCAGAAAGUUCUCAGCUUCGCCCUCUCGGAAGAGGUUCGACCCCAGGACACAGUGUCAGUAAUCGGGGGUGUGGCAGGAAGUAGUAAACAAGGCCGGAAAGCUGCCUGGAAGUUUGUCAGGGACAACUGGGAGGAGCUGUACAACCGCUACCAGGGCGGCUUCCUCAUAUCACGGCUCAUCAAGCUCACAGUCGAUGGAUUCGCUAUUGACAAAAUGGCUGCUGAAGUGAAGAGUUUCUUCGAGAGUCACCCGGCGCCGGCGGCUGAGCGCACGGUGCAGCAGUGCUGUGAGAACAUCCUCCUUAACGCCACCUGGCUGAAGCGUGACGCGGACAACAUCCACCACUAUCUACUGCAGCGUAAAGCUCCCCCAGUCUGAGCCUCCGCUGCCUCCUCCAGCUCCCUCCCCCCUCCCUCCAGUGCGGACCUCCCAGCAUCAUAGCGGCCUCGGCCCCCUCUCUACAGACCGGAGCAGGAGACCACAGCGUACUUACAGCAGGCUUCAUUUCUCUACAGAAACUGUGUGAAACAAGAAGACAAAGCCAAGAAUUUAACAGUGUUGGACACACAGAGACGUUAACAAAGCAGAACCCAUUGUUGUAGUCAGACCAGGGAUGUAGUUUUAGCCCCAAUCUGUCCACGAGCAGACAGCUAGCAACGUUAUGCAGUCGGUGCUCGGCAGAGACGCACAAACACACUUCACAUCACCUGCCCUGUAUGCACCUCUGUGUCAUGGGUCAGAAAACUGUGAAUCCCACACACACACGCCCCACACCCCACUUCAGAGGGGUCAUUGUUUUUCUGCUGCCACUUAAUGUUGAAUGCAUGAAGUGUGAUUUUCUGCAUUUGCUCCUUUGUCUGUUUUCUGCAAAAACAAAUGAUUUCUUCUUUGUUUCCCUCCCCCUCUCAGUUUGCAUACAUAUACCACCCCUCCUCCUCUUUCAGGCAUUGUGACUGGGGGAAAGCUGAAGGCACCUGAGCAGACUGGGGCUAAUAACAAUAGCGUGUGUUGUAGUUUCCAGUGGCACUGAUUUUCCAUUGCUAAUAAACGGUUAGGACGAGGCAAGCAGCGCUAGCAUGGUACUACAUUGUAAACUGUAUAAUGCAAGCAUUUUUUUUCUUUUUGCAGACGAUGUUCCUUUAAAAGAAUUAAAUAGAAACGUUUAUGGUUACCUGUUCCCACUUCCCCCCAGACCCCUCAAGCUCUGUUCACUCAGACUCUUUGAAAUAAUCUAAGUAUAUUUAAACCGGUUUCUUUAUCUGCCGCCUUCAAUGAAAUGGAGAUAUUGGCGUGUUUUUAUAAGACAUCAGAUGCUGUGAUUUAUUUAAAUGUUGAGAUAUAUUCUAAGGAAAGGGAAAAGAAGUCACAACUACUUUUCGGGGCCUUUUCACUCUGUAGUAACAUCAGGAAACGCCUCUGUGUAGGGUGAGAGUCCAGUGAAGCCCGUCUCAACUUCGUGGACUUGGACUCUGUUGUCGAACUUGGAGGCCUUAAAUUGGUCGACUGGUUUGCGGUAAAUAUUAAAAACUGAAAUGCUGAUAUUAGGUGACUUCCACAUAAUGUCAAAUGUAUCUUAUGUGACAGGUUAUGCAAACUUGUUGAACAAGUAUAUCUACAUUUACAAUUUGAUGUGGUUUUU